AUUUUUUGUUCUGUCUAUUACACUUGACACCUUUAUAAACGCAACUAUCACACUUGUUUAAAAUGGUUUCUCCUACUCCUACCAUUACUCCUCCCAAAUCGGGUGCCUCUGCUACUUUUAGUGCUACCGUUGCCCCUGGCACUUUAGCUAUCAACUCCUCCUCUACCGUCAGGAUUAUGAACCUCGACAACGAAUUUGACCCUAACGGUAAUAAUUUUAAGUCAUUCUUCAAUGGAACCGCUUCUGCAGCACACGAUCGUAACGCGUUUGAGAAAUACGCUGAUCGGGCACUGACCAGAAACAGUGAGAUUCAGUUGAAGCUUGCAAUCCUAUACGAGAAAGAAUCGACCAUCAUGGAUGUCCUGCCUACAUCUAUUGAUGAUUCAAACCUCAGGGAUCUGCAUCUUACCACUAUUAGACAUGAUAUUGCCCAUUGGAAUGCUCAAAUUGUUACCAACAAUGAGAUGUACACUUCCUACAAGCAGACGUCUGUCAAGUUGAUCACCAUCUUGGCUCAGAUAAUAAAAUUGGAUGAUGCCAAAAGCGUUUCUGAAAAGAAACAAAAGGAUCACUCUGAUAUUCCUGCCAUGGAAAUCCCGGUUUUCGUUGUCAAGUAUUCUGACUUCGACAGUAAUCCCGACGUUCGCAAUCCUGAGGAUUAUUCAUUGAAGUCUUUCAUUUGUAAAUUUGAAAGGGUGUAUAAUUAUUACGGUGUGGAUGUGGAACUCCACUGGCUCUUUCAUCUUGAGGCUAGUUUUGAGAAUAACGAUCUUUAUAAGAACUGGUUUCGCCAAAACUUUAAAUCUGGGUUGAAAAACAAGAAAAAGUCUUGGUCUGAUGCGAAGAAAAUCAUGGAACACCGUUUCGAUCCCUCUGCACGUUUGGGUUUAGUUAAAACGAACGUGAUGCUGCGUGGUUUAAAGCAGUAUCCACAUGAAAAACUAGCUCAGUUCAUGGAUCGUUACGGUGCUUGCGUUUGUGCCGCUAAGGUUCAAACUCAAGGACAUUUCUUUCUUACUGUUGCCUUUUUAAUGUCUCUUUAUACGAAUAAGUUUCAAGAGAAAGUAAAAGAAAGUAUGCACGAGUAUAUGAACUUAAACCCAUUGAGUCUUAAUUUUGUCAUGCCUAGUAAGCAUGCUAACCUUGGUGACAUCCAAUUUUUCGAAUAUUACAGCAACUUCGGUCGUGUGUAUGAAGCACUUAAUCAUUUCCUCGGUGAGUUGGAAGUAUCUUUAAAGGAGAUCCAAUUAAUUGUUAAUGGAAAGCCUCCUGUUACCAACACCAAUCCUUUCGGUACCAAUAUUUCCAACAAGAAGAACGUUCAUAAGAAAAGAAAACUUGAAGUUACACUUGCUGAUGUUGCUACCAAUGCCUCAAGCGCCGUUAACCUUGAGAGAAUGUAUGACCGCACCCACGCAUCGUCCGAUGAAGAUUGUCGUUUAGCUCCUCAGAUUGGAAAGUGUCUUUCUUGCCGCAUCGCCAGAUUCUCCGAGAAUAUUUAACAAACUAACAAUAAAGAAAUAAAGAGUUCUUAUUCCGUCUAGAACACUAUACACUUU